AUGGAACCCGCUUCUGAUGGAGAGUCUCGGAGGCGGACUGCUCGAGCCUGUGACUCGUGCUACAGACGAAAGAUCAAAUGCGAUGCCGCACUUCCGCAAUGUAAUUGGUGUAGCCACCACAAUAUGCCCUGUACAUUCGACAGGGUAAUCCAGAGGAAACGGAAAGGGCCUGAAGAGCAAGCUCGCCCGAAAGUCUCACGGCUUUCAGAACGAAUCAGUCGCAUCGAGCAACUUCUCGCAGAGAAUCUGCGGGGUGACCAACUUUCAUUGCCCAAAUCUCCUCAAUCAGUGGACGAUACUACCACCGUGAGCAAUUCACCCAGCACCAACCAGCCUCCAGACUCGUCGUCAGUACGAGUCCACUUUGCAGGUAAAGAGCUGGGUGUAAUAAGUCUACUGACUGGGACGCCGUUCCUUUUCCCUGAGGGACAGGAAUGGAUCACGGCUCGCACUGGGCAACCCGUUUCACUCGAUAAAUUAUCUCCGGCACGAGCACCGUGGGAGAAACAACGUGGACAAAGUUUCAAUAAUUUGCUCAUGAACAUGAAAACCCUCAAUUUCUUUGAACUACCUGACUUGGGGACUGUGCGAGUCUACAUUGAGGCUUACAAGCGCUCCAAGGUCAUGCGUCGUAUCUUCCCUGUCGUUGAUACAGAACUUUUCGAGGAGACAGUCAGUACUGCAUACAGGCAGUCGCUUUCCUCGUUUACAUAUGGUCAAGCCAGCGCCCGGGUAUGUGUGAUUGCCUUCUUAACGUUUGUCUCACGAUUGCCUCCCGUCAACGAGAUUGUUGGCAACUUUCCCAUUGCCCCAAUCGACCACGAUAUGCUUGCCACUAGGAUUAUGUUCUUAAUGCCACAAGUCCUACAAGAGGCUGCUAGUCUUGACUCCGUCCAGGCCAUGACUAUGCUGACUCUCUUCGAGCUAUCAUCGGGAAACAUGCGGGCUACCAACUACUAUGCCGCGGUAUCAGCCCGACUAAUGUUCAUGCUUGGAGGCAAUCUCAACGGCGACCAGACCUUCAAUCAAGAUCCACGCCGCCAUCAAAAGCAGGAGCAACUGCGCAAUCUCUUUUGGAUUUGCUACACCAUUGACAAAGAUCUUGCCCUGCGAACUGGUCAACCUCCCACCAUAACCGACGAAAACUGUGAUCUCACUCUCCCGGCUGGAUAUCUCGAUCGUGCAUUCCUGGAUGUAGACGAUGACGAGGCACCGUUCCUCGGCCCGGUAUUCCCAUUUGAUAUACGCCUCAGCAUAAUUAAAGGACGAGCGCAUCGCGAGCUCUACACUGUCAGCAGUUUCCAAAAAUCAGACGCCGAGCUCCUCAAGUCGAUUCGCGAACUCGACGACGAACUUGAAGAAUGGCGACUUUCAGUACCUCCAAAAUGGCGACCCACAAUGUCUUUCUCCUCUGAAACUUCAGAUACAAACAUGAACAUGCACUCUGUCAUGUUACGGUUGAAUUACCACCUAUGCAUGACUAUCAUUCACCAAGCGAGCGGGCGGUGCAAGGCAUGGAUACAGGGCCAGAGCGGUAUGAUGGAUGGAGUGAGUUCCAGCAUGGCUCUUUCAGUCGAAGCCAGUCGAUCGAGUUUGUGUUAUCUCGAGGCAGCAGAACAUGUGGUGGUUGAUGGUGUUUUCUGGACCUUGAUAUUUUAUCCGAUGUCUGCACUGCUCACCAUAUUCUGCAGUAUCCUGCAGAAUCCAUUGGAUCCACACUCGCGGGAAGACUUGGACCGGCUGAAGGUUGCUACGGUCAUGAUCGAUCGUAUCUUUUCUCGGAAACUGCCUGAGUCCGAGCUUGAGCACUUCAAGCUGGUUGCUGAUUUCAUUAUAGAAUUGAAGCGAUUGGCUGAGUGUGCCAUUGAGAAGGCGUGGGCUGAGCAGCGUGCUGGUCAGUAA